AACAGAAAAAAAAUUAAAAUAAAAUAAAAAUCAUAUUUAAAUUAUUAUUACUCAUCAUCUACUACUUACACAUUUGUAGAGCUUACAUAGAGACAAAUACAGAGAUUUUCAAGAGAAUUCCAUCUCUUCGCUAGAAAGAUCAUUGUUUUGGUUGUUUUUGGUGUUAAAAUUAGAUUUUCUACAGUCGUGUGUGCAUCUCGGACUCACAUGAAAACCUGUGCAUAGAAAGAAAAGAAGAAAAAAAAAACAAAGUUACAGAACAGAACAGACAAAAACAAAAUUUAAUUAGAAAAUACCGGCGAACGUGCAGUGCUAGUGAAAAAUAAAAAAAAAAAACAAAAACAAACACACACAAAAUGUCGGCUCUCUUUUCCGAAUUAUCGAAUCCCGUGUCAAAUUUACUGAAUCCAAGCAGUUUGGGAAAUGGCGGCGUCGCUGCCGGUCAAUCGCUCGAGGAAAAACGUGCUCUCGAACUUGCCUUGGAACUGACAAUGCUGAAUUUCAACGACCCUAUGUCGGGUAACGGCAUGGAUAGCUUGAUGGCUGCCAAUAAUCAUCAUCAGUCCUCGGGCAUGGGAAGCCCGAACAUGAUGAGCAGCUUAAAUGCCUUUUCGGCACUCAUGGGUGGCAAUGGACUCGAUGAUACGCGCAAAAAGUCACAGAAUAUGACGGAAUGUGUUCCGGUGCCCAGCUCCGAGCAUGUCGCUGAAAUUGUUGGACGUCAAGGUUGUAAAAUCAAAGCGCUUCGUGCCAAAACAAACACAUACAUCAAGACGCCCGUGCGUGGCGAGGAGCCCGUUUUCGUCGUAACAGGUCGCAAGGAGGACGUUGCAAAGGCAAAACGUGAAAUUUUGUCGGCUGCCGAUCAUUUCAGUUUAAUUCGUGCAGCGCGCAAGCCUUCGCUCAAUGGAUUAGGUAAAGGAGCUUUGCCAGGACCGCCGACAAAUAUUCCCGGACAAAUCACAAUUCAGGUACGUGUCCCUUAUCGCGUUGUAGGCCUCGUUGUUGGCCCGAAAGGCGCCACAAUUAAACACAUUCAGCAACAAACACAAACCUACAUCGUGACGCCAUCACGUGACAAGGAGCCCGUUUUCGAAGUCACUGGCUUACCGGACAACGUUCAAACUGCCAAACGCCAAAUUGAGGCACACAUCGCUCUGCGCACCGGAAACCUUCCUGCAGGCAACGCCUUGAACGGAUUACUCACGGACGAAGCAUCGCCCGAACUUCUCGCUUCCUUGUACAAGAACGGCUUCAAUUCGAUCUUCAACUACUUGGAUGCCCAGCCAGGCACGGAAAAUAUUCAAACUGUCGCUGCCGGAUCGACGGGAUCCUCAACAUGUUCAUCCUCGUCAAGCAGUUCGACAUCCUCGAAGAGCGCCAUGAUGGUCCGACCCGAACUCAUGAACAUCUGGAAGAGUUUCGGCAGCGAUUCGCUCGAAGUUGACGAAGGCAUCGGCGAAUCACCGAGCAAUAUUUGGCCCAUGCAAACGGGAACUUCGACCGGAAGCGUUUUGGGAAGUCGCUCGUCGCCAAGUGUUUCCGCCUCGCCCACAGACUCACUACUCGGCGGGCAAAUUAAACGCGAUUGCUUGGUAUGCGGCGACAAGGAAGUCAAUUCCGCCCUCGUUCCAUGCGGGCAUUCCAUGUUUUGCGUCGAGUGCGCCAACAGAAUUAGCACCACAGACUCCGCUUGUCCCGUCUGCAGUCAAACUGUCAUUCAAGCCAUUCGCAUAAUCGCCUAAACACAUUCUAACAAUCAUAAUUUUUAUUUUUCAUCAUCGUGAAAAAAAAAGACAUUUAAAGACAUGAACUGAAAUAUUAAUAAUAAUCUCAAAGUGUUGAACAUGAAAUUAUAAACAAAAAAUUCUUAACUUGUGUUUUUUAACAAAAAAUCGUCGUCGUAACGUUUUUUUUUUAAAUUUUAAUAAUUUUAUUAGUGAUUAAAAAAUAACUUUUUGAAACAAUAUGCUCUGAUAUGAAUUAAAAACAAACAAAAAAAAUAAAUAAUGUUAUAUUAAAAUAUAUAUAUAUUAUAAAAAAAGGAAGGAAAAAAUAUUAAAAAAUAAGAAUAAAAGCGAAAAAUGUACAGCUAACACUCAAAAAUUAAAAAUGUUGUAUAUUGAGUUUGUUAAGUUUUUAUUAUGAUUAUCAAUUAUUUUAUAUUGUCAAUUAUAUUUUAAAUUAUUAUUAUUAUAUCAAAUUCUUGAUUUAUAUUAUUAUUAUAUUAUAUAUAUUAUUAUUAUUAUAUUG